GCUGCCGCCGCGGCGGCCGCUGCUGCUGCUGGUGCUGGUGCUGCUGCUGCCGCUGCUCCCGCCGCCGCCUGGAUAUAGUGCGGCGCGGAGCGGAGCCGGCAGGCACUUGGCGAGGAGGAGCGCGCGGGCUGCGGGCGGCUGGGGCACCCGGGAGCGGCGGCGGCUCUCGCGGAGGCGGCCGUGGCGGCGGAAGGGUCUCUCUCCAGGGCUGGACCGAAGAACUUUGCAAGUGUCCGCCGGUGGCACGUCCUGAACAUGAGCCUCCUGCUCCCCUUCUACCUGCUCGGGUUGCUUGUCAGUCGCGGGCAAGCUCUUCUUCAAGUGACAAUUUCACUUAGCAAAGUAGAGCUUAGUGUGGGUGAAUCAAAAUUCUUCACAUGUACAGCAAUUGGUGAGCCUGAGAGUAUAGACUGGUAUAAUCCUCAAGGAGAGAAGAUAAUUUCAACACAGAGGGUGAUGGUACAAAAGGAGGGUGUCAGGUCACGAUUAACCAUCUACAAUGCAAAUAUAGAAGAUGCAGGGAUCUAUCGUUGUCAAGCAACAGAUGCCAAAGGCCAGACACAAGAAGCUACAGUUGUUUUGGAAAUUUACCAAAAGCUCAUUUUCAGAGAAGUGGUAUCACCUCAAGAAUUCAAACAGGGAGAAGAUGCAGAAGUGGUUUGCCGAGUUAGCAGCUCGCCUGCACCUGCCGUCAGCUGGUUGUACCAUAAUGAGGAAGUCACCGCUAUUUCCGACAAUCGGUUUGCCAUGUUAGCCAACAAUAAUCUGCAGAUUCUCAACAUCAAUAAAAGUGAUGAAGGUAUAUAUAGAUGUGAAGGAAGAGUGGAGGCUAGGGGUGAAAUUGACUUCCGUGAUAUCAUCGUUAUUGUAAAUGUGCCACCAGAAAUCACAAUGCCUCAGAAAUCCUUCAAUGCCACAGCAGAGCGAGGAGAAGAGAUGACAUUAUCCUGCAGGGCCUCUGGCUCUCCUGAGCCCACCAUCUCUUGGUACAGGAAUGGCAAGUUCAUUGAAGAAAGUGAAAAGUACAUAUUGAAAGGAAGCAAUACAGAACUCACUGUCAGAAACAUAAUCAAUAGUGAUGGAGGCCAUUAUGUCUGCAGGGCCACAAAUAAGGCAGGAGAAGAUGAAAAACAGGCAUUCCUACAAGUCUUUGUACAGCCUCACAUCAUACAGCUAAAAAAUGAAACUACGUAUGAGAAUGGCCAAGUCACACUCAUCUGUGAAGCGGAAGGGGAGCCUAUCCCAGAGAUCACAUGGAAAAGAGCCGUGGAUGGGAUCACAUUCUCCGAAGGCGAUAAGAGCCCAGACGGCCGUCUGGAAGUCAAAGGGCAGCACGGAAGCUCAUCCCUGCAGAUUAAAGACGUGAAGUUGUCCGAUUCUGGGAGGUACGACUGUGAAGCUGCGAGUAGAAUCGGAGGGCACCAGAAGAGCAUGUAUCUGGAUAUCGAAUAUGCUCCCAAGUUCAUAUCAAACCAAACAAUUUAUUAUUCUUGGGAAGGAAAUCCGAUCAACAUAAGCUGUGAUGUGAAAUCUAAUCCACCAGCAUCAGUCCACUGGAGAAGAGAGAAAUUAGUCCUGCCAGCUAAAAACACUACUAAUUUAAAGACAUAUAGUACAGGAAGAAAGAUGAUAUUAGAGAUUGCACCUACAUCUGACAAUGACUUUGGACGCUAUAAUUGCACAGCCACUAAUCGUAUAGGAACGAGAUUUCAAGAAUAUAUUCUUGCUUUGGCUGAUGUACCGUCCAGUCCCUAUGGGGUGAAGACUAUAGAACUGUCACAGACCACAGCCAAAAUUUCUUUCAACAAGCCAGAUUCCCAUGGAGGUGUGCCUAUCCAUCACUACCAAGUGGAUGUCAAAGAAGUGGCAUCAGAGACCUGGAAAAUAGUACGCUCCCAUGGAGUUCAAACAAUGGUUGUUUUGAGCAACCUGGAACCAAAUACAACUUAUGAAAUCAGGGUGGCAGCUGUGAAUGGAAAAGGGCAAGGAGACUACAGUAAAAUAGAAAUCUUCCAAACAUUACCAGUUCGUGAGCCAAGUCCUCCAUCCAUACAUGGGCAGCCAAGCAGUGGGAAGAGCUUUAAACUCAGUAUCACCAAACAGGAUGACGGAGGGGCCCCUAUUUUGGAAUACAUUGUGAAGUAUAGAAGUAAAGAUAAAGAAGACCAGUGGCUAGAGAAAAAAGUGCAGGGAAAUAAAGACCAUAUUAUUUUGGAGCAUCUACAGUGGACAAUGGGGUAUGAGGUUCAAAUUACAGCGGCCAACCGAUUGGGAUAUUCUGAACCAACAGUCUAUGAGUUCAGCAUGCCACCAAAGCCCAACAUUAUUAAAGACACACUUUUUAAUGGCCUUGGGCUUGGAGCAGUCAUUGGCCUGGGAGUUGCCGCACUCUUGCUCAUCCUUGUGGUAACAGAUGUCAGCUGCUUCUUUAUUCGACAAUGUGGGUUAUUAAUGUGCAUCACCAGGAGAAUGUGUGGGAAGAAAAGUGGCUCCAGUGGCAAAAGUAAAGAACUGGAAGAAGGAAAAGCUGCCUACCUGAAAGAUGGAUCAAAAGAGCCAAUAGUGGAGAUGAGAACAGAGGAUGAAAGAAUUACUAAUCAUGAAGAUGGAAGCCCAGUAAAUGAGCCAAAUGAAACCACACCACUAACAGAACCUGAAAAACUGCCUUUAAAAGAAGAGAAUGGGAAAGAAGUCCUAAAUCCAGAAACUAUAGAAAUUAAGGUUUCUAAUGACAUCCAAUCAAAAGAAGACGACAGCAAAGCAUAACAGCGAGCUUGCAGAGGCGGGAACAAUGCUACAAAGAGCAUUUGGAUUGCAGUGACCCUAUGACCAAAACUAUUCCACUGACCUUAAUUUCUUGGGAAACUUCUAGCUUGGAAUAGCUUGUACACAUAUACAUAUAAUCAAAUACUCCUGCCCAUGGUCCAUUUCCUUUGUUGUUGUUGUUGUUGUUGUUAUUGUUGUUGUUUAUUUUGUUUAGAAAUUCUAUAUAGAGACCUGACUGGCACCAACUCUUGGGUAUCAAUUUGACUCUAUGAUUGAAGAAAUGCAAUUUAUUAGAUGGCUAACGUGCUCUACUAGUACUUCUUCAGAACUGUAUCUCAUACCACAACCUCUCCAAAAAAUAGGAGUUUAAACAAAACAAACAAAAAACUGUGUGAGCUAGUUGUAAAAGAGAACCCUGCAUGUUUUCAAUCCUAUAUUGGGCAAAUAGAUUAUUAAAGUGGAUUUCAGUUGAAGAUGAUAACACUUAAUAAAGGCUACACUUUUUAGGAGAAUUUCGGGGAACCCGGGCUUGAGUAAGCCAGCUAUCUUUAGCAGAUAUUAGAAAUGGAGAGAGACUUUGGAAAACUGUUUUUAAGUUACAGUUAUAGACUGAUGUGCCAGAUCAAAAUUGUUACCCACUUGAAUGAAUAUUAGUUGUAUGUAAAAUUAGAGUAGGAAGAUUCCGUAAAUCUCUUUCUAUAUGCCAUACUCACUCACAGUGGAUUACACACACACACACACACACACACACACACACACACACACACACACACACACACACAAAUGUAUUGCAAGUGAAAAUAAUAUUGACUUCUGCCCUCAGCUUCAAGUAAUAAAGUAAAUUGAAAUGGGAAUAAUAUCAAUGUUGUCUUGAUAUAUUUAUAAAGAUGUGAUUAUCUUUUACUUUUAAAUAAAUUUAACAGAAAACAGGUCUUUAGCAUUUCAAUACUUUAAACCAUAUCUACAGAUACAUUUCCCCCAUUGUUUUAGAUAAUCUUUGUUUAAAAAUUCAUUUUUAAGGGUUAUAGGUCAAUCAUAAAUGUAAUUGGCUAAUGGAAGUUAAAAUCCUUAGUUUGGUUGAAUUAGGAGAAGUUAACAUUUAAACAUGCCAUGAAAGUGUCAGUGCUAAACAAUUGAAUUACUACCAUCUUUUUAUUCUGGAUGUUGUAGCUAGAUGUCAUUUUAAGAUUUUGAUAAACAACUUUGGUUGAAGAAAUCCCUAAACUAUACAACACAAACUUUCUAGUAUUUCUCAGUCAGGCCUAUAUCUGAAUAAAAAACUUAUCAACUUCCAAGCUAUGCAAGCUCCCAGAGGUAAAAGACUGAAACAUAAAUUUCAGUUAUAUGUAAGGUAAGAGGGAAAAAAGUAUUUAUAACUAGAGGCCCGAUGCACGAAAUUCGUGCAAGAGUAGGCCUUCCUUCCCCCGGCUUCCGAAUCCAGCUUCCCUCUGGCACCAGGGACCCGGGCUUCCCUCUCAGCCCCGGCUUCAUCCAGAAGGUCGUCCAGAAGGAUGUCUGGUCCAAUUAGCAUAUGAUGCUUUUGUUAUUGUAGAUUAUAAAUAUACAUACCAUUGGGAGCAGGCUUUAGGUUAUUUCUUACCCUAGAGAGCCAAAGUUUUCUUUGGGCUCCAUCACAUUCAUAACAUUUAGUAUUCCAGGGGGAUUAUGGCUCCAAUAUUGACUGGUUGGGGGACGCAUGCCAUCCUUUAUUGUUGAUAAGACAUUGGGAGGAAAGUUCUAACAUGGCAGAGUGACCUGCUUUAGGGUGCCUCAGUUGAAAUAAACUGAUGGAUAUUAAAUGUAAUGUGAAUGCCACUUAUGGACACUUUUAUAUACAAAGUGCUGAAAACUAUCAGCCAGGGAGAGACAGCAACCAAUUUUCCAAAAUGUUGGUUAUCAGCAAGACAGGAUCUGCCCACCUGCACGUUCAGGUACUAAAUCACCAGUGUCACCGCCCUAAUGUACAGGUUAUGAUGCAGGAAUCUCUCCUUGCUGUCCUUUCUGGCAUAUUCUGAAGAAAAAGAAGACUUCCGUGCCUACCUAAGAAUUUUAGUAGGAAUUAUCCAACUGGUCUUUUUGCUGGAUUUGUUGCUGUUUAAAUUAUGCUUCCGCUUAUCAUCCUUUCGCUUUAUUUUACUGUUUGUUCACCCUUUUGUAUCGAUGUGCUAAAACCAGCCAACAUACUUGUGCAAGGUAAAUGGGCUUAGUAAAAUGUCAAGGAAGCAAUAACCAUGAAUGCUAAUUCUUCCUGGAUAGGGCUACCCGAUUUUAAGCUAAUGAUGGUGAAAGAAUUAGGAAAACUUAGAAAGCAUCUUAGCAUGUUUACUACUGUUAUAUCCGUGCUAUACUUCAAGACCAGAGAAAUCAUAAUAAAAAACAAAUAUUGUUGUGGGCUUUUUUUUUUUUUUUCAGUUUGAAAGUUCGGUUUCUCUCUUUUCUUUGGACUUUCCUUGUAAAGCAACUUACCUAAAUGUUACUUUUAUAUAUAUUUGCUGUUGAGUUUCUUGCCACUAAUGUGGAGUAAGGAUCGGAGUUUAAGAGGUCAUUGGGAACUAAUCAUAGACUUUGUUUCAAGUGCACUGGUUCAAUGUUCUGAGUGGUCCUUAUCUCUUGUCCUUGAAAUGUAUGCCCUGCAGGAGCAAGGCGAUACUGUGAUAAACUUUUUUUUGUUAACAUUUUUAUGUAAUGCUCCAAAUUACUCUAUUUGUAAAAGUUUCCAUCUAAGAGAUGGAUUUUAGUAAAUUGUAAAGUAUGAACAGAGUUGAAAUCAUGUUUCCUGUUUUUCAUUCUUAUUCUAGACUAAACAUAUCCAUGUAACUGAAAAAAAUGUUAUUUUUACUACUGGAGACUACUCUUAAGUGUUAGAAUCAAAUGUCAAAAGAGUUGACUGAUUAUGUUAAAUAAUCAGGACCUGUGGUACUUUAAACAAAGAAGCAAAGGUAUCACUAAAAAGAUAUUGGUAUUUCUAGACAGGUUAUGUGCAAUUAGGCAAUGACAAUCUAUAUUCAACAACAUAUGAGGAAACAAUAAUGUCAGCAUUUUAGCACAUAUAUUGUUUUUAAAACUGGCACAAAGUAAUGUGUUAAUGUAUUUUACAAUAAUUUGCAGAGAAAGUUAAUUAAGAAUUGUAAUUUCUAAAGAUUUAUUUGUUAUUUUUAUGCAUCAACAGAUUGCCAUUCUAUUGAUACUAAUGUCUAACAUUAAUGUAAUACUGUUCAAGUUUUCCUUUAUUUUUAAUACUAAUACUUAUAGAAGCAUUUUCAAAGACUAUUUCAUCCAGGAAAGUUUACAUGAAUCUUAGUCUUUGAAUUAAACAUUUAUAUAAAUAGAAGGAAUUUAUUAAUCAAUUAUUUAUUUGAGUGCCAAUAAUUAAUUAUAAUUUUAUAAUCAUUCCUUUAUUUUAUGCUUAUUUUAAAUAAUUAAAAUGUUUUUGUGCCUUUAAAUUAGCAUGACAGUCUGCUUUUUAAAAGAAAAAACACAACUGCAAUUUUUAUUGACAUAUUUUGCUCCUAUCAGUGAAAAUUGAAUGAUACUAUUUUAAUUACAUUCAGUGAAUAAGUGCAGUUCAAACUGCUUUACCCUAAAUACAAAAUCUAAAUAUAACAAAUUAUACUGUACUAUUUCCACUUAUUUCAAAAAGUUCUUUCAAUGCACAAAAAAUAUACUUCAUUUGUCCUGCAUUGUUAAACGAUAAUAUAUUAUAGAUAUUGUUGAAAUUGAGUAUUACCAGUUGUAAAACAAAGCAACAGAUGACUUUUUAAAAUAGGGCACAUUAUUAUGGUGUCACUUGGUUCAACAUUAUUCCUGUUAUAUAUUGAUUUGGGAGCACAAAUCAUUCUUUAUUGUUGAUAAGAUAAUCACUGGUGAAAAUAUCUAAACUGAAGUGGUAAAAAGAAUAAUCUCCAUUCUUAAUUUUAAAAAUAUUAGAAUAACAUAUUGCAAUUAUUUAUUAAAAUUGCAAUGUUCUUUUUCAUGGAGAAUAAUCUAAACGCUCAAUUUCAAUUCCUUAUAAAGAUAUUUUUUAUAAGCAUAUCCAGAGUGCUUAUUCAACAAAAUUAUGAGUAGGGGAAGAUUUUUUUAAUGAGAUGUUUGCAUUAUUUAUCUUUAGAGAUAAAAGAUUUGCAUCCUAUUAACCCUUUGAAGCAUUAUUACAAUUUCUCUCACAUUGAAAUUGCAUAUGGAUGUAUUAGCAUAGGCUAAAAUUCAACUGUGGAAGGUCACAGAAACGAAAUACUUAAAUCCUAAAAAAAUAUUUCAAGAAAGUAUUCAACCCUUGGGCUUAAUAAUAUUCUGAGAUGAAAUAAAUAUUUGUGUAAAUGAGAAAGUUAUAAAAGGGCCUAUAUAUAAUAGUUGCUGAGCAAAUAUAAUUUCCUUCCAGGUCCCUUCUCUUCUUUUUUUAAAAAUUUCAUUUACCCAUGUAAGUGCAGCUAUUUUACAGCAUUAUACAGGAAUAUUAAUUAAUUAUUCCCCCCAUACUUUUAUAUUCUAUAUAAUAGUUAAUAUUUAUUUGAUAACAUUUAAUAUUCUUAGAAAAAUAGUUCAUUAUUCACUAUACAAUUUUAUCAAUGGCUUGAAAACAUUAGUUGGUACCUUCUUUUUAACUUUUAAAAAUAAUUUUUAGGACUUAGGACACAUGAUGUUUAUAAGUAUUAACAUAAAAUCUUCCCAUAUACAUUUAAUAUUUCCAAUUUUUUUUUUUUACGAAAUGAAAAUAUCUUUUGGCAUCUGGUUUUAGCUCCCCUUAGAAAAGAAUUAGCAAAACACUGACUGUUGGAGCAUUUUAAAUCACAACCAGGCAUAGAAAAAUAGAGGAACAAAGAACCCCAGAGAGUGCAGACUGAAUUCCUACCUUAUGAGGAGGUCAGGACUUAGAGUGAGAAGAGCGUGAGCAGGGACUAGGAACAUUGCUUAGAACAAUGAAAGCCAACACUCCUGAUGCAAAGGAGAAAACGAAGUGAAAUCCAAAGGAGAAAGUUAACAUUAGAACCUAUGAUUCCAUUUUGCAAAUAGGAUUUUUUUUAGCAAACAACAUGCAUUAUAUAAAAUAAAUGGUAAUGUUGAGAACAAACAUAUUUGUUUCAAUUCUUAAAGGAAUGUUCAUGGUUUUGCAUUUGCCUCUAACCUCUGUUAGGAAUACGUGAACUUCUUAGAAAUAAAAGUUUCAAACUUUUUGUUUAUGGUAUGUGAAUUCUAUGCUGUGUUCAGUAUGCAUUAAAACAUAGUGUUAUUUUCUUUACCUUAUAUAUUCCAUUCAAAUUCUAUAUUCUUACGUUAGUUAGCUACCACAAAGUUUUCUUAUUGUUUCAAUAUAAUAUGUCCCUCUGAAAUGCUGUAUAUAUAUGUCUAAACUGUAAAAAUUAUAAUGCAAAUGUUGAAGUUUUGUAUUUAUGAGAGACAUUGAAAGUAUGGCUUACAGUAAGUAUAUCAAAAUUGUCACUUCACCAUUUGUAUAUUAAUAGUAAAUAUAAUUUUACUUUAAUAAAGUGUUGCAUUUUAUGUUUA